GCCAUUGUCCUGGGGUGUCUCCGUAGAACAGAAUUUAAGAUUUGGAAAUUCCGUGCAGGCCACUUUUGGAUUUAGCCUUCAGAAGCAGACGAAGAAAAGUCGACUUGGCCGCCCUGGAACUUGCCCCACACCCAUUCCGGGGGGCCGGAAGUGGAAGUGACGGACACGGAAGUGGCCUGCUGUUGCCGAGGGGACAGGCCGGGCAGAUGCCAACAUGGCAGCGGUUGGGGUUGGCGGUUCUACCGCGGCGGCUGGGCCAGGGGCAGUCACUACGGGGUCGUUGGAGCCUGGGACCGCGAAUGCGGGUAACGUGAAGCACCUGAUUCUGUUCCUCCACGAGGCUGUCCUGGUGCAGUAUGUGGACACGCUCAAACUUGCGGUUCCCUCUCUCAUUUACACCUUGCAGAAUAACCUCCAGUAUGUUGCCAUCUCCAACCUGCCAGCUGCCACUUUCCAGGUGACGUACCAGCUGAAGAUCCUGACCACAGCACUGUUCUCUGUGCUCAUGCUGAACCGCAGCCUCUCCCGGCUACAGUGGGCCUCCCUGCUGCUGCUCUUCACUGGCGUCGCCAUUGUCCAGGCACAGCAAGCCGGUGGCGGCGGCCCACGGCCACUGGAUCAGAACCCCGGGGCAGGCCUAGCAGCUGUUGUGGCCUCCUGCCUCUCCUCGGGCUUCGCAGGUGUCUACUUUGAGAAGAUCCUCAAAGGCAGCUCAGGCUCUGUGUGGCUGCGCAACUUGCAACUGGGCCUCUUUGGCACGGCCCUGGGCCUGGUGGGGCUCUGGUGGGCCGAGGGCAGCGCUGUGGCCCACCGUGGCUUCUUCUUUGGAUACACACCUGCUGUCUGGGGUGUGGUACUCAACCAGGCCUUUGGUGGGCUGCUAGUGGCUGUCGUUGUCAAGUAUGCUGACAACAUCCUCAAGGGCUUUGCCACCUCCCUAUCCAUUGUGCUGUCCACUGUGGCCUCCAUUCGCCUUUUUGGCUUUCACCUGGACCCAUUAUUUGCCCUUGGCGCUGGGCUUGUCAUCGGUGCUGUCUACCUCUACAGCCUUCCCCGAAGUGCAGUCAAAGCCAUAGCUUUCACUUCUGCCUCCCCUGCUGCCUCUGGGCCCUGCAUUCACCAGCAGCCUCCGGGGCAGCCACCGCCACCGCAGCUGUCCUCCCACCGUGGAGACCACAUCACGGAGCCCUUCCUGCCAAAGUCAGUGCUGGUAAAGUGAGGGCUAGUGGCAGUGGGGGGAGAUGGGGAGGGGGAUGGGGUGGAGGGUGUUGGGCAUCUGCAGGACCUGAGUCGUCAAUGGGACCUGGCUCCUCUCUGGUUGGAAGAUGGUCUUUUCUUCCAGAUCAUUGAGACUUCCGGAAGGGCAUGGGACCAGGGCCAGAGAGACUGAACCCCUUCCCCUGGAAAGGGUUUUUAGACCUGCUUCCUCUACUGCAGUUGAACCUCUUUGGGGACAGGGUUAGGGGUAUUGUCAUUCAAGGCCUUCUUUGUCUGCACACCCCCAUGUGUGGGAGGAGUCCUGUCUCUAAUGCCUGGGACAGUCCUUCCUGGUUAUCCUUUGGUAAGGACAGACUGGACAAGUCGGCAGCUCUUCAGUAAUGACUAAUGCCUCCCUGUGGGGUUCAGCUUCCUAUCAUUUGAGGCCUUUAUUCCUCCCUUACCAGUACUCUGGAUCAUGUUAGCAGCUCAGUCUCUCAUGUGGCCUUGGGGCAGCUUCCCUGACACAGGCUCUUGGAGCAAGGGCCUUGAAUCUGGGCCUGUAGAGAGCACCUUGGGGGAGGAGGAGGCUCGAUCUGUCAGCCCUUCUGGGGGAGGGUGCAGUAGGGGGCAUUUUUGUUUUGAUGAUUUGGGGAUUCGUAGUGUAAUCAGAUCAUUGAUGAUCCAUUAUAUGGGGGAAGUGGGGAGGGGUGGUUCUUGAGGUGGCUGAAUCUCAUUCAGUUUAAGACACUGGCAGUUGCCAGUGCAGGAUUACUUUCUGAGAAGUCCAGAAAGGAAAAAUAAAGCUGCCAAUCCCACUCUUGCCUCCCCAGUUGGCUGUACAGGGCGCCCUUACUUCAUGAAGAAGGGGUAUCUUAAGAGUUGAACUGUGGAGCCUGCCCCCUGCACUCCCCAAAGCUUAUUAACCCCUUCCUUAACCGUGUCCCAGAGUAUGUGUGCGUCUGUGUCUGCUUACGCAUGCGUGUGCGUGUGCAUGGGAGAUGCCUGGACUGUCUGCAAUAUGUAAAUAGGGCCAUUGGAUCUUUAUUUUUUGAUUAAUUUGUUCUGAUUUUUUGGUUGGUUUUCUAAGGAACUGUAAUGAACAAAUGUCAGGAUACCCAAUGCCAAAUAAAGAUGUUGUAUUUAUUUA